GACCACUUGCUGGACGACCUGCGGAGGCAGCUCUGGGAGCGCGAUGAGGAGCUCAUCCGCCUGCAGAGGGAUGCUGGCGUCGUCAAGACGGCCGCCCAUAACAGCAGGAGGACCAUCGUCUCGGCCAUGCAGCGCUGGGCCCCGGAGUCGGGCGGCCACCACCUCCUCCGCGACCUCUUCGGCCUGUGGCGGCGGGACGCGGCGGCCGGCGCCAGGGAGAGGGCCCAGGAGCGGAGGCUGCAGGACAGCGAGCGCGAGGCAAAGCAGAAGCAGGCGGCGAAGUUGGGCAAGGCGAUCGGCUGCCUAGUGCACGACGGCAAGGCCCAGGCCCGCAUCGUGCUCCGCGCCUGGAAGGCCCAGUCCGAGGAGACCGUGCGCAGCCUGCAGGACGACAGGGUGAGGCGCGCAAAGGUGGAGAAGGUGAUGAAGUUCUGGCACGGGGACAUGUCGAGGAGCGCCAAGGUUGCCUGCUUCCACGCCUGGCAGAGGUUGCUGGAGAUCAAGAACGCCAGAUUGAAAGAAGAGGAGGUGUUCAAGCGGCAGGCCAAGGAGGCCGAACAGGUGAAGAAGGAGCUGCAGAAGUCGUGGGCGAUGGGCAGGGCCGCCCUCGUCCUGCGCCCCGCCGACGGCGAAACGGUCAAGCAGAUCGUGUUCAAGGGGUGGCUCGAGAGCCUCCUCGAGACCCGUGCGACGAAGGCGGCGGCAGAGCCGCGGCAGCCACCAGCAGCGCUUCAGGGACAGGCAGAGGGACCGGGUACUCUUGACGCUGAAAGGAGACAGCAAGACCUUCAAGGCCGCAACCUUUCGCGCCUGGAAGGAUGA